AUGUCUACCUCUGCAUCGACCUCUGAGCUAUUCAAACCCCUUCCCGACGACGAGCCCGAAGAUGUUCUAUUCAACAGUCUAUACGGUCUGCGGACCAUUGAGCUUAACCGGCCGAAGAAGUUGAACUCACUCAAUGCAUCGAUGAUUCGAAAGAUUGCACCACGCCUUCUAGAAUUUGAGAAGUCCGAUAUGGCGAACGUUGUCGUCAUGAAGGGUGCAGGCGAGAAGGCUUUCUGUGCCGGCGGAGACGUCGCAGCACUGGCCGAAGCUAAUAAGAAGGGACCAGAGGGACAGCAGUGGUCUUCGGAUUACUUUGCACUCGAAUACAAGCUGGACCACUUGAUUGCGACCUACAAGAAGCCAUACAUUGCAUUCAUGGACGGUAUCACCAUGGGCGGCGGCGUUGGACUAAGCAUACAUGCCCCCUUCAGAAUAGCGACGGAAAGAACAGUCUUUGCCAUGCCAGAGACGACGAUUGGCUUCUUCCCUGAUGUGGGAGCAUCAUUCUUCCUACCUCGAAUGGAUGGUGCGGUGGGCACAUAUUUAGCGCUCACCAGCGACCGGCUGACUGGGGCCAAUGUCUUCUACUCAGGAGUCGCCACACAUUAUCUUCAUUCCACUAGUCUACCGCACCUUGAAUCCCGUCUCGCGGAGCUGCGUUUCAAGGACUUCGACAGUAUGGAGAAGCGGCUGAAAAUCAUCAGCUCUACUAUUGAAGAAUACACAACUGGUCUUCCGCAUGACCAGCCAAUCCUCCUGGGCGGCGAACUCCGCAAAGCUAUUGAUCGAUGCUUCAGCAAGGACACUGUGGCAGACAUCAUCAGUGCCCUGAGGGAGGAAGAGGGACCAACGCAGGAGUGGGCACAGAAGACGCUCGAGACGUUGCACCAAAGGUCACCGACGUCGGUUCACGUGAGCUUAAGGCAGAUGCAGAUCGGUGGCAAGUGGAGCAUCGCAGAGACUUUUGUUCGAGAACACCAGAUUGCCGCCAAAUUCAUGAAGCACCCCGACUUCACGGAAGGCGUAUCUGCUCGCCUGAUGAGCAAGCCGGCAAGGAAGCCCGAGUGGCAGCCGGCCACGCUCGAGGACAUCAAACCCAGCGACAACAUUUCGGAGUCAUUCUUCCAGGCUGCUGAAGACAUCCAGCCGCUGCAGCUUCUGAGUGAUCGGGACUACCAGGAGUACCCUUACAAGGAGUUCGGCGUGCCCACAGAGCAGGAUGUGAAAGCUCUCGUACAGGAGGGCAUUCACAGCCAGCGGGAUGUUGUGAACAGACUCGUGGGCAAGAAGCAGGGCAAGCAGGGUGUCAAGGAGGUUGUGGAGGAAAUUGUAGCCCGAAAAACCAAGAAGAACGAGGAGGGCAAGGCCGAGUGGAUAUAA